AUGCUUGUCAGCCUCCACCCUUCUCCCUCCCGUCUUCAGGACAAGCGCUUCGUCUCCCCGGCCUCCUCCCCCCAUCAUCCCCCUCCUCCCCCUCAUCCUCCUCAAGACCACUCUCUGCAUCCUUAUCCUCAGCCUCGGCUGACCCUUCCCUUCCUCUCCUUGUCCUUCUCUCUUCUCCUCCUCUCCAUACUCCUCCUGCCUGUCUGCGAGUCUCGCAGGGGUGGAGGUCCAGGUACAGGGCCCGGAGGUGCCCCAGGAGGACAAGGUGGCCAGAGGGGAGGCGGCACCCAGAGGGGUGUUGUCAUCCCCCCUCAGUAUUCUCCAGGCUCACCGGUUCUUCCACCAAUCAAUCCCAAACUGAUCAACUCACUCAGUAUUGCUGUCAUCCUGGUGGGCAACUCUAGUGAAGUAGCCUUGGGGGCUGGACUUGAGAAAGAGGACUUCCUCCACAUCCCUUACCCUCCCAAAGUCGAGGUGGUCACCAUGAACGAGACCGACCCAAAGAGUAUCAUCAAUCGGAUCUGCGCACAAAUGACGAGGAACUCACUGCAAGGCGUAGUGUUCGGUGACGACACGGAUCAAGAGGCCAUUGCUCAGAUCCUGGACUUCAUCUCUGCCCAGACACACCUCCCCAUCCUGGGCAUCAGGGGAGGGUCCUCCAUGGUCAUGGCAGCAAAGGACGACCACUCCAUGUUUUUCCAGUUUGGUCCGUCCAUCGAGCAGCAGGCCUCCGUCAUGUUGAACAUCAUGGAGGAGUAUGACUGGUACAUCUUUUCCAUCGUCACCACAUACUACCCUGGCUACCAGGACUUUGUUAAUAAGGUCCGCAGCACCAUCGAGAACAGCUUUGUGGGCUGGGAGCUAGAAGAGGUCCUCCUACUGGACAUGUCCGUGGACGAUGGAGACUCCAAGAUCCAGAACCAGAUGAAGAAACUGCAGAGUCCUGUCAUUCUGCUUUACUGCACUAAGGAGGAGGCUACCACUAUCUUCGAAGUAGCUCAUUCUGUAGGUCUUACUGGCUAUGGCUACACCUGGAUCGUGCCCUCGCUGGUGGCUGGAGAUGCAGACCAUGUUCCCUCUGUCUUCCCUACAGGGCUUAUCUCAGUGUCAUAUGACGAAUGGGACUACAACAUCGAGGCCAGGGUACGUGAUGCAGUGGCUGUCAUUGCCACGGCGACCUCCACCAUGAUGCUGGACCGGGGGCCGCACACCCUGCUGAAGUCAAGCUGCCUCGGGACACCUGACAAAAAGGGCUCCAACACCGGCCACUCCAAGGAGAUACUGAAGUACAUCAUGAAUGUCACAUUUGAAGGCCGAAACCUGUCAUUCAGCGAAGAGGGUCACCAGAUGUUCCCCAAGCUGGUCAUCAUUCUUCUAGACAAGGAUAGACAAUGGGACAGGGUUGGCAAGUGGGAGAGAGGCUCUUUGACGAUGAGGUACCAUGUGUGGCCUCGCUUUGAGCUGUACUCUGCAGCGGAGGAGCGAGAGGACCACCUGUCCAUCGUGACUCUGGAGGAGGCGCCGUUUGUCAUUGUGGAGGACGUAGACCCGCUCAGUGGGACCUGCAUGAGGAACACGGUGCCGUGUCGCAAACAGCUCAAACUCAGCAACCAGACAGGGGAUUCAGGGAUUUACAUCAAGCGCUGCUGUAAGGGUUUCUGUAUCGACAUCCUGAAGAAGAUCGCCAAGACGGUCAAGUUUACAUACGACCUUUACCUGGUCACCAACGGCAAACACGGCAAGAAGGUUAAUGGGACGUGGAAUGGCAUGGUCGGAGAGGUGGUGUUGAAGAAUGCCCACAUGGCAGUGGGUUCGCUCACCAUCAACGAGGAGAGGUCGGAGGUCAUCGACUUCUCUGUGCCGUUCAUUGAAACAGGGAUCAGUGUCAUGGUCUCCCGUAGCAACGGAACCGUCUCCCCCUCUGCCUUUCUUGAGCCCUUCAGUGCUGAUGUCUGGGUGAUGAUGUUUGUGAUGUUGCUGAUGGUGUCAGCCGUGGCUGUGUUUGUGUUUGAAUACUUCAGCCCGGUGGGUUACAAUCGCUGUCUGGCAGACGGACGAGAGCCUGGAGGUCCCUCCUUCACCAUCGGUAAGGCGGUCUGGCUGCUGUGGGGUCUGGUUUUCAACAACUCUGUCCCCGUGCAGAAUCCCAAAGGUACCACCAGUAAGAUCAUGGUGUCGGUGUGGGCCUUCUUCGCUGUCAUCUUCCUGGCCUCCUACACUGCCAACCUGGCUGCCUUCAUGAUCCAGGAGGAGUAUGUCGACCAGGUGUCGGGCCUGUCAGACAAAAAGUUCCAGAAGCCGAACGAAUUCUCACCGCCGUUCCGGUUCGGCACGGUGCCCAAUGGGAGUACAGAGCGCAACAUCCGCAACAACUACCGGGACAUGCAUGCCUACAUGACCAGUUUCCACCAGAAGAAUGUAGAUGAAGCCCUGUACAGUCUGAAGACCGGCAAACUGGACGCCUUCAUCUACGACGCUGCAGUGCUGAACUACAUGGCGGGCAGAGACGAGGGCUGUAAGCUGGUCACCAUCGGGAGCGGCAAGGUGUUCGCCUCCACCGGCUAUGGCAUCGCCAUCCAGAAGGACUCAGGCUGGAAACGAGCUGUGGAUCUUGCCAUCCUCAUGCUGUUUGGAGAUGGUGAGAUGGAGGAGUUGGAGGCCCUGUGGCUGACAGGCAUCUGCCACAAUGAGAAGAACGAGGUGAUGAGCAGCCAGCUAGACGUGGACAACAUGGCGGGGGUCUUCUACAUGCUUGGGGCUGCCAUGGUUCUGUCAUUCAUCACCUUCAUCUGUGAACAUUUGUUCUACUGGCAACUGCGCUUCUGCUUCAUGGGCGUGUGCUCCGGAAAGCCCGGGGUCACCUUCUCCAUUAGCAGAGGUAUCUACAGCUGCAUCCAUGGGGUACAAAUUGAGGAAAACAAGUCAACCAUAGACUCACCUUCGGCCACCAUGAAGAAGAACAUGAACAACACCCACUCCAACAUCCUGCGGUUGCUCCGCACUGCCAAGGAUAUGACCGCCGUCCCAGGCAUUAACGGCUCUCCGCACGCCGCUCUGGAGUACAGCCACAGCGGUCGUGAGUCUGCUAUCUAUGAUAUCCAGGAGCACCGGCGCAGCCUGGUAGGUCACCCUGUAGACUGCAAGUCUGCGCCUCCUUACAUGCCAGAGGACAACAUGUUCAGUGACUACAUCAGCGAGGUGGAGAGAACUUUUGGCAACUUGCCCCUGAAGGACAGCAACCUGUACCAGGACCAUUACCGGCACCACCACCCGGCCUCGGCUCUGGGUAUGUCCGGCCCCCCGCCUAAUAGGCCGCGUAGUUUAGGCAGCGCUAGCUCGUUGGAGGGGGGCAUGUUCGAUUGUGACAGUUUAGGGGGAGGGGUAGCGCCCAUCUUUACAACCCAGCCCCGCCCAUCCAUGACUCACAGGAAUACCAAUAAAUUUGACCUGAUCGCUGGCCACACCCCUGCGGAUUCCAAUCAGGGUGGGUUCAAGGGAAACAAUGUGUACGGCAGGUUUUCUUUCAAAGGAGGCGCAUCCAGCACAGGGCUCAUCGGGGGUCAUGACAGGUACUGUGGUGGGGGCGGGGGGGGCUCAGGGGGUGACGAUGGGAACAUUCGCUCUGAUGUAUCGGAUAUCUCCACCCACACUGUCACCUACGGCAACCUGGAGGGCAACGCCAAGCGGCGUAAGCAGUACAGGGACAGCCUGAAAAAGAGGCCAGCCUCGGCCAAGUGCAGACGGGAGCAGGACGAGAUAGAGCUGAGCGGCCUCAGGAGGAGACCCCACCACCACACCGUCCACCACCACUUCCCCCACGGGCCCCUGGCACACCGCACGGUCUCACCUCCCCUGGAGCGGAAGAGGGGAGGAGGAGGGGAUAAGGUGAACCAGAACCCCUUCAUCCCAACCUUCGGCGACGACCAGUGUCUAUUACACGGUGCCAAACCGUACUACAUCAAAAAGCCACAGACGCAGCAACAGCAGCAGCAGCAGCAACUUCUCAACAACAGCCGAGGAGGAGGGGACUUCCGCGGCUCCAUGGGAGCAACUUCCUAUUUGCCUGCGUCCGCCACAGCUGGGGUGAUCUCCAAUGUGGCCCCCAGGUUCCCCAAAGAGCUGUGUCUGGGCGGGGUGGGAGGGCCCAUGGGGAACCACCACGGGGGCAACAAGCUACUGCCUGGGGGCAGGGACACGUUAGGUUUGGGGCAGGGACAGAGACCCUUCAACGGUGCCAGCAAUGGACAUGUUUAUGAAAAGCUCUCCAGCAUUGAAUCAGACGUCUGAGGGUGAAGACGGAGGAAGAAAGAGAGAGAGAGGGAAGAUGAAGUGGGUGAAGAAAAGGAGGCGGACGGAGA